UCGCGAGACCUCUUUUCCAAUAAGUACAGAGAAUUGAACACCAAUGGCAGACGCAGCAGCUGCCGGUGGACGUGGAGGAUUUCGAGGCGGUUUUGGAGGUCGUGGCCGGGGACGUGGUCGCGGGCGUGGCAGAGGCCGUGGUAGGGGCAGGGGUCGCGGGAAGGAUGGUGACAAGGAGUGGAUGCCAGUGACAAAGCUGGGAAGACUCGUAAAAGACAUGAAGAUCAAGACGCUUGAAGAGAUCUACCUGUUCUCUCUGCCCAUCAAGGAGGCUGAAAUUGUAGACUUCUUCCUCGGUUCUGCCCUGAAGGAUGAGGUGCUGAAGAUCAUGCCUGUACAGAAGCAGACUCGUGCUGGUCAACGUACUAGGUUCAAGGCUUUUGUGGCCAUCGGAGAUCACAAUGGUCACAUUGGGCUGGGAGUGAAGUGCUCCAAGGAAGUGGCUACUGCUAUCCGUGGCGCCAUCAUCCUCGCAAAGUUGUCUGUGGUGCCGGUGCGUCGAGGCUACUGGGGUAACAAGAUUGGAAAACCUCACACUGUUCCUUGCAAGGUGACGGGUAAGUGUGGCAGCGUGCUUGUGAGGUUGAUCCCUGCCCCACGCGGUACUGGUAUCGUGUCUGCGCCCGUGCCCAAGAAGCUGCUUCAUAUGGCCGGCAUAGAGGAUUGCUAUACCUCGGCCAGGGGCAGCACAUCCACACUGGGAAACUUUGCAAAGGCAACAUACGAGGCAAUCGCUCGCACCUACAGCUACCUGACACCCGACUUGUGGAAGGAGACUGUUUUCACAAAGCCACCCUACCAGGAAUUUACUGACUAUCUGGCACAAACACACGCCAGGGUAGCAGCCGCAGCGGCGGCCGCGGCCGAACCAGAGACUAGGCCAUACUAAGACAUACCUAAGAUCAGCAGGCGUUGUGAACGCUUAAGACUCCGUGUUUGUUUUGGAAUGGAAGAAUGUGGAGGGGGCUGUUAAAAGGUGGCAUUUGAUUCACGUAAAAUUAUGGCACUUUCGGUUAAUAGUACGCCUCCUGUUCAGCUGUGAACCCAUUACAUACUUUGUAAUAAAUGGUCAUCCCAAACUUA